AGCAGCAUUUAGCAAAAAGUAGCUGGAAGUUGGGAUGGAAUGGGGGGAAUCCAGAGUUAUGGGUUGCAAGGCAGAGUGUAGGAGUUGUGAAGGGUUAAUUAUGAAUCUAGAAGAGAGUGGGAAAUCGGUGUUCUGGGCCAGGGAACUGGACAUUUGAAUCUGCAGAUCAGCAGAGGCUGGGUGAGGGGCUUUCAGGGAGGAUCUCAGUUCACUCAGGGCUGGAGAUCUUCGAAGCACAUCCUAAUGUUGACGUCUGCCUGUUAUGAAGCAGGUGAGAAAACAGCAAAGCCCAGGGCAGAAAGGAAGUGAGACUGAGGUGUUGAAAGCUGAUUGAAAUUGCUAGUGAAAAUGGUGGAGACAGUAGGCAGAAAAAAAGAUGACUCAGCCCUUGAAGUCUUCUAGGAAAGUAGGGUAAGUCCAGGAGCAAAACUUAGCAUUUAAAAAAGGCCUGCUGUGUUUUCACAUUUAAUUUUUACAGCUACCUCCCCCGACAAACCCCCACCAUAAGAGGCUGCCUUGCUUCCUUUUUAUGGAUUGGGAAGUCUCUGAGGCUCCAAGGAGAAACUGCUUUGCCCAGGUGUACAGCUAGUUAGUAGGCAGCGGACUGAGAUGUGAGCUCCAUUCUGUCUGACUGCAGGUGAGCCUUGUGGCAGGAAGGCCGGCACAGAGACUCUGUCUGCUCUGCUUCUUUCCAAGCAUUUCUCUCAUUGGAAAGAUAGAGGAACAAGCAUUUUGGAACCCGCAAAGGGAGUGCUGAUAGACAGUGACUUUCGUUUACGUAGCACAUCUGGAGCUCGCGCUGGGUGCCUUCAUAGUUGUUAGCUCAUUUGGUCUUCACGGCAACCCUGAUAUUUGCAUUUUACAGUUACAUGUUCAAAGAGGUUUACUAAUUUUGACUGGGGCCUGAUAGCUAAUAAGUGAGUAAAACCCGAGAUUGGGACCCACCUUUGGAAACUGUAUCUGCUUAUAUUUUCAGAUCUACCUGUGAGGUCGGUGGCUGGUGGGUUUACCCUGUUUAACAGAUGAGGAAACUGAGGCAUAAGAAAGCAAGUGGCUUAUCCCAGGCUGUACUAAACAGUGGCUGGGCUCAGACUAGAACUCAGGUUUCCCCAGGGCUAGCCUUGGGCUCUUGAUGGCAGAGGAGAAGUGAAAUGGUAAGUCAGGGCAUCAGGGACAAAGGAGGCUGGCCCUGGGUGGCAGACCUUGGAAGUGAUCGUACCUGACUCCCAGGAAGAAUGAAUGAAUUUGUUCCUGUUGAAGAGUGGCUCCUCUUCUAAUUUCCAGACUCCUUGAGGUUUUAGGAGUCUGGUAGGCGAAAUUCUCUACCUCUAAGGAGAAACAGUACCUGCUCCUUCCUCAAGCGCAAGCCUUCCAUUGCUAUGGAUACCGAAUCCACUUAUUCUGGAUAUUCUUACUAUUCAAGUCAUUCGAAAAAAUCUCACAGACAAGGGGAGAGAACUAGAGAGAGACACAAGUCACCCCGGAAUAAAGACGGCAGAGGGUCAGAAAAGUCUGUCACCAUUCAACCUCCCACUGGAGAGCCCCUGUUGGGAAAUGAUUCUACUCGGACAGAGGAAGUUCAGGAUGACAACUGGGGAGAGACCACCACGGCCAUCACAGGAACCUCGGAGCACAGCAUAUCCCAAGAGGACAUUGCCAGGAUCAGCAAGGACAUGGAGGACAGUGUGGGGCUGGAUUGCAAACGCUACCUGGGCCUCACCGUCACCUCUUUUCUUGGACUUCUAGUUUUCCUCACCCCUAUUGCCUUCAUCCUUUUACCUCCGAUCCUAUGGAGGGAUGAGCUGGAGCCUUGUGGCACAAUUUGUGAGGGGCUCUUUAUCUCCGUGGCAUUCAAACUCCUCAUUCUGCUCAUAGGGACCUGGGCACUUUUUUUCCGCAAGCGGAGAGCUGACAUGCCACGGGUGUUUGUGUUUCGUGCCCUUUUGUUGGUCCUCAUCUUUCUCUUUGUGGUUUCCUAUUGGCUUUUUUACGGGGUCCGCAUUUUGGACUCUCGGGACCGGAAUUACCAGGGCAUUGUGCAAUAUGCAGUCUCCCUCGUGGAUGCCCUCCUCUUCAUCCAUUACCUGGCCAUCGUCCUGCUGGAGCUCAGGCAGCUGCAGCCCAUGUUCACGCUGCAGGUGGUCCGCUCCACCGAUGGCGAGUCCCGCUUCUACAGCCUGGGACACCUGAGUAUCCAGCGAGCAGCAUUGGUGGUCCUAGAAAAUUACUACAAAGAUUUCACCAUCUAUAACCCAAACCUCCUAACAGCCUCCAAAUUCCGAGCAGCCAAGCAUAUGGCCGGGCUGAAAGUCUACAAUGUAGAUGGCCCCAGUAACAAUGCCACUGGCCAGUCCCGGGCCAUGAUUGCUGCAGCUGCUCGGCGCAGGGACUCAAGCCACAACGAGUUGUAUUAUGAAGAGGCUGAACAUGAACGGCGAGUAAAGAAGCGGAAAGCAAGGCUGGUGGUUGCAGUGGAAGAGGCCUUCAUCCACAUUCAGCGUCUCCAGGCUGAGGAGCAGCAGAAAGCCCCAGGGGAGGUGAUGGACCCUAGGGAGGCUGCCCAGGCCAUUUUCCCCUCCAUGGCCAGGGCUCUCCAGAAGUACCUGCGCACCACCCGGCAGCAGAACUACCACAGCAUGGAGAGCAUCCUGCAGCACCUGGCCUUCUGCAUCACCAACGGCAUGACCCCCAAGGCCUUCCUAGAACGGUACCUCAGCGCGGGCCCCACCCUGCAAUAUGACAAGGACCGCUGGCUCUCUACCCAGUGGAGGCUUGUCAGUGACGAGGCUGUGACUAAUGGAUUACGGGAUGGAAUUGUGUUCGUCCUUAAGUGCUUGGACUUCAGCCUCGUAGUCAAUGUGAAGAAAAUUCCAUUCAUCAUACUCUCUGAAGAGUUCAUAGACCCCAAAUCUCACAAAUUUGUCCUUCGCUUACAGUCUGAGACAUCAGUUUAAAAGUUCUAUAUUUGUGGCUUUAUUAAAAAAAAAAAAAGAAAAAUAUAUAGAGAGAUAUAUAUCUAUGCCAGAGGGGUGUCUUUUUAAAAAAUUCUUCUUCAUUGCUGACUGAAACUGGCAGAUGAUUGACCAGUAUCCUUUGACCAUCUGCACUUUAUUUGGAAGGAAGCAGGGGCUGUCCACCCUGAGAAAGAGUGACUGAUGACAUCUGACUUUUGUCGAUGGGACUUCUCAAGAAGCCGUUCCUUGGAGCUUCUGUUACAGCUGUAAACCAAAGUGGAGCUGGUGCUUCUUGGGAGCCUCGCCUUACAACUAGUUCCUGCCUUUCGUCCAGUACCAAGUCCCCUGUUGCUUCUGGUCAGCCCACUUGUAGACUUCCAGGGGACACAUCUUUAUUCUGUUUCAGGAAACCAGUCACGACACGUCCACAUAUGUAUUUGUGUAUGUUAAUGUCCAGUAUCACAUCACCCGUGAAAGUCAUGGGCAGUUCGGGAGAUACCUGCCUUCGUCUUUGUUCUUUAUUGCCUUAGGUUCUUCAGAGAAAGAUCACAACAAAAAAUGUACACUGUCGUUUACAGCUAUUAAGUGGUUUGAUUUUGUUUUUUUCCCAAAGAGAAAACCUACCUGCCCUGUUUCUGAUCCCACCCCUCUGCUGGCUUGAAGCAGGUAGCCCUUUCGCAGCCCUGCAGCUGCCCACCUGGCCUCCAUGCCAUCCUGCCCCCACCUGGCUGGCAGCCCUGGCUCUCCAUGUGUGCCCUCCGGCUCUGUGUGAAGCCUCAAGUCAGUCCCAGCAUUGUUUCCAUAGGGAAGUGUGGGGUGCCCAGCAGGUAAAGCACAGGGAGAGAGGGCAGUGGGAAUGCCACCUUUAGGCUGCAGCAGGAGCCCCACACUGCCCAGUUUUCCUCCCCACUGUUCUACACCAACCAGGGGAGACUAACACUGUGACUCUGGGAUUGGCAGGUGCAACUUGGAGCCACUUAAUUUCCUGGGGACGUAAGUUCUUCCCAAGCUUAGAGCAAGCUGCCCUGCCAAAGGAGACCAGACCAUGCCAACCACGCUGGCAACUGCUGCUGUCCAGUCCCUGUGUUUUCUGACCACCGUCACUGUGCAACUCAUCGCCUCUGCCACUUAGGACCAGGAAAGAGGCUGGUUUUGCUCCCACUCUUAGUUGCUGAUAAAGUGGGGAGAAGGAAAAUAGACACUCUACAGAGUUUGGGGAAGGGAGAGUAGGGAGCCCAUCUUCUUGUCCAGAAAGGUUCAUCUGUGGUCUGUCUGUUAAACACAGCUGAUUUCAGUGGGCUUUCCCCUGGCCCUGGGGGAGCAGACACUGACUGGGUUGUGGGCAGAGGAGCCAUCCUGGCAGAGCCCUGCUGCAGGGGAGCUCCUUCAGGACCCCCAUCCGGACCUCUUGCACUGGGCUGCCUUUGCCUGCAUUUGCCUUCCUGUAUCUGCAACAAACCUUUUAAAAGUGUUCACUCUUGCUUUUUCCAGUAUUUCGGUAAUCAGCCACCUUGCUGUAGUACAGGAUGACAUUGUCGAAUGCUCUUUGUAUGUGUGCACACCCCCUUACUCCCUUACAGCUUCAUGCACUCCACAAGUGGUACAGUAUUUUGUGUCAUUGUAAAAAUCAAAAUUGGCUUUGGAUCUUGUAAUACACCUGUACCUGAAAAAGUAAACAACAUUCUUCAAUUACCAGCCUUCAGCUUGAAAAGACAUGCUGGAGAAGAAGGAAGGGGGAACCCAUAGGUGUGGCAUGGAGCCAAGAUGUACUAUUCAACUAUGUGGUUCUGUUUAUAAAAAACACAUACCAUGGAACCAUGGUGCUUUUGUUCUUAGUUUUUGCCGUUAGAUCCCUUCAAACUGGAAGUUCCUUACAAUAUCUUUCUCAGGAAAUAUUUUGGGAGAUGGGGUAAGAGAUGGCAAGUGUGAGACGGGCUGUGUCAGAGGUUGCUACGUCAUGGAUACAGUGCAGUUCUAAGUGCCAUAAGUGUAUGUACAUAAUAAUGACACUGUUCAUCACCAUUCUACAAUACUGUUCUUCCAACCGUAUCUUCAAUGACCAGUCCAGAAGGGGUUAAGCUGGAUUCAUUUGCUCUGGCAUGUGCAUUCCCAGCAGGGUGAAGAAAGGUUUAAAUUAAAGAAUUUAUUUUCUCUCUCCCCCUUCCUCUUUCUCCCAGUCUUUGCAUAGGAGAAUGUUAGACAUUCAGAAAUUACUGUUUCUGUUUUAAAUUGAGUAUUGAUUUUUUUAUAUUGACUUUGUAUUGAGUUCUUUUUGAAAGAAUAACAAAAUAAAAUGCAGGAUCUUUGUAAA